ACAAAUCAUGCGCAAAGCGUACAUCACGCCUCAUAUCCGGUUUGAGAUUUUGUUGGAACUUCCGAGUUAAUAAAUUUGGGCUAAGAAAGCUCAACAAAUAUGGCCAGAGAGUAUGAUCAUUUAUUCAAACUACUCAUUAUAGGAGAUAGUGGUGUUGGCAAAAGCAGUCUCCUAUUGAGAUUCUCAGACAAUACAUUCUCAGGUACCUACAUAACAACCAUAGGAGUAGAUUUUAAAAUUCGAACUGUUGAUGUCAAUGGUGAAAAAGUUAAACUUCAAAUCUGGGAUACGGCAGGACAGGAGCGAUUUAGAACCAUAACUUCCACGUAUUACAGAGGAACACAUGGCGUGAUAGUCGUGUAUGAUGUCACCAGCGGAGAAUCAUUUGCUAAUGUAAAGAGGUGGCUUCACGAGAUUGAUCAGAACUGUGAUGUCGUUAAUAGAAUAUUAGUUGGUAAUAAAGAUGAUGACUCGGAUAGAAAGGUUGUCCUGACCCAGGACGCCCAGAGGUUUGCAGAACAGAUGGGAAUUCAGCUGUUUGAAACCAGUGCCAAAGAAAACAAGAAUGUAGAAGAAAUGUUUUUAGCCAUCACCAAAUUAGUUUUAGCAACAAAGAAAGAACAAAUGAAGAAAGCAGCGGAACAACCAGCCGAGUCAAUAAAACUGAACAAGAGGUCAACAGGAGGGGGCGGGGGCAAAAAGGGCUGCUGUAAAGUGUGAAUGCACGUAAUUUAGGAUGUGAACAUUUAUUUUCAAUACAUGUGAAGUACACUAAUGGUGCCAGGAACAUAGCAAUACAUGAUGCAGGAUUCAUGAUACUAAAUGGUAGAGUAAUUAGUAUUCCUCGUUGUUCAUUUGUACUUGAUGAGAAAUGUGUUGCUCACACUGUCAGGUUACUUUAAAAACAGGUUUGGCUUUUAUCCUCCGAGGAAUUUUACGACUCUUUUGACACAAUUUUUUUUUUUAUGGAAAUAUACAACAAUUUAUUGUAUUGUUAAAUCUGUUGAUAUGCUUCUUGUUUGUUACUCCCUGAGUUUUCCCCAAAAACAGUCAUAAUUAUAAAUGAUGUUUUGUUAAUGUGUGUUUCAUGUCUUCAUAUUGAUAAUUUUUGGUGCACAUACAGCAUAGUAUGGAAAUAGACGUGUAAACAGUGAAAGAUGUAGGAUAUUAGUAUAAUAUUUUACUUGUAGAUAAAACACAUUGCAUUCCUAAAUUUUUAUUUUUUUAGAUCAAAGCUAUUUCUCCAGUGCACAUUCAAAUUAAGAUUUAUUUUUUUAUUUGCACAACAAUCCCCACUUUCAAUUAUUUUUUCACCAUUUAUCUCUGCAAGUCUUGUUUCAACUUUCGAAGCUGUACAUCUUAAGAAGCUAUGUAAAAGAAUCAUGCAUGUUUGAUAACCUUAUGCUGCAUCUAAUGCUUGUUUGCAAGCAUAUCAGAACUGAUUUACAGUUGCGGUGCCACAAGCCAAUUUUGAGUACAUACAUGCAACUCUUAUCAACUAGAAAAUUUUUAUAGGGGUCUUUUAACAUUGAAAUGUUCAGGUUUUCAAAGUGCAUUUGUUAUAAAAAUACAUGUAAUUGAUACACAAUGUCUCGCAUUUCCACUCUGCAAGAUAUUAUAAUAUUUCUAGGAAAGAUAAAAUUUAGAAGUGUAUGCAUUUUUUGUAUACAAUGUUUUGAAAAAUAAUUUAAUUUGUACCCAAACAUUCUUCCCAUCAAUAUGAGAAUGCUAUCUUGUGACAUACAGAGUCAAAUUGUGAAAAAUAUGGCAGUCUACAAAUUAUUGUAUCAUUAAUUACCAGAAUAGUGUGUAGGAGUUUAAAUGUGUAAGUUGAUUGUUUAGGGUCAUUCAUUUUAUUCAUACUAAGAUGCUGCAUGUAAUUGUGUCAGUUUCAAAUGGAUGUAACAGAAUACAGUUCUGAUAGGAUGUGUAACUCCCCUCCUUAUCAUAGUAUCACAAUGCAGAUGCUUCCCUUUGUAUGGUGUUUGAUUGCAUUUGAUAUUGCCAAACUUUGUGUGCAAUUGUUUGACUUAAUAUUUUUUUAUAUUUUUUUUUAAAAUUUUCUUUGCAUAACAUUUGUUUAAAAAUACAUGUUUCACCGAAUCAUGUGAACAAGGGUUUAACUGCAAGGUAGAAACACGAGCAUGCCAUUAAUACACUCCAGGCUGUGACAUGUAAGAUAUAUGUAUUUAAUAUUUUACUACAAUUAACCAUACUUCAAUUUUCCUAAUCAUCAUCAACCUCUUUAUAAUCCAAAUAUUCUGUUUUUUUCUUUGUAUCUGUGAAGCAUUUUGUAAUACUUAAUUGUAUCAAGAAAUCCUGAAAUGUUAUCAACAAAACUUAUGUGCCGUUUCAUUGAACGAGACAACAAAUUAGAUAAAUGACAGAAAUAAACAAUUUUAGAUUGUGUUAAUGUCUACAGAAGAAUCAAUGUCCAUGUGGAUAGGUAGUUGACUUGCAGUUUGCAGGUGCUUGUACUUGAUGGUAUUACAAGGUACCAGUGUAGUAUUUAUUGUUAUAGACUGUGUAAACAAUUCUUUCUUUGUUAUGUAUUCAUAGAUACUAAGGUAAUCCAUAAUGAGUAACAUCUAAUUGUGAUAUGAUUUAUUACAAUAAAAUGUGUAUAUAAAAUCA